CUUUUCAGCCGGCCCCGGACGAAUUGACGACAUUUAAUUCGAGGUUGAUGAGGCGGCGCCACUGGAAGUGAAUUUUUAUUUUUCCUUCCUUUUUUUUUUCUCAAGCGCUGCACUCUUUUUUCUUUCUUUUUUUUUUUUUUUGGUCUUAAAGGAGUUUUCGUCUUGAUUUUCACCCGAGCGGCCGCGCCCGGGUUGCCCGACUUGGUCUUGAGUCCUUUUCGCCGCUUUGCCUAAUUACCAAUUAAUUCCUUCCAUUCCAGUGCGUGCGCGACUCUACUUCGGGUUUUGGCACCAGCGGGUCUGCUUCCCGAGUCUCCGGCGGAACCGGCGAGCGAGCGAGCGAGCGAGCGAGGAAGGGAGUCGAGGCUGCAGUCAGUCCUCCUCCAGACCCUCGCCCAGGUCCGGCCAGUCUCGGAGCCGACGAGAGAGCGGCGGAGUGCGCCCAAAGCCACAGCCGGAGCGCAGAAGCCAACGAGCGGAUACAAUUUGGUCGAAACAACCCCCCCCCCCCCCCCCCUCCAACCCUUCUUUCCACCCCAGCUCCGGCGCAGCUGCUUCGGGGCCAGCGGCGCCCAUCUCCGGACACUUGAGUUGAGGUGGCGGUGAAGUCCGCUAAAGAGGAGGAAGUGGAGGAGGGGGGGGGAACCACCACGGACACAGACCCCCCCCCCCCCCCCCCCCCCUCUGAAUGUCAGGCCGGCGUGCUGCUGGGCAUAGACAGGUGCGACGAAGAGGAGUAGUUUGGAGCCGAACUCCCUUGGCGAACGCAGGGAUUUUGUUUUCAACAAAGCGGAUCCCAUCCUCACAACAACUCGCGACCUUUUCCACCACUCCACAUUCGUCGAGCCGGUUCAGUCCAGCGGCGAUGUAUCUGAAGGUGGCUGUAUCGUGACGGCACCCGGACCUGAACUUUGACCCCCAGCGCCGCCUCAUCGGCUCUGCAAUUCUGUUGCCAUGGCGACGGCGACCCAUCCCUCCCUCCUCCUGCUCUGCUGGCUGCUCCGAACAGCCUGCUCGGCGUUCCCCGAGGAGCCCGGCCCUUUAAACUUCAUCCCGACUGAAGUGUCGCGACGCUAUCCGGUGUUCCUGGGCCGACCGCAUCACACGUGGCAGAGGCAGGAUCGUCUGCAUAUCCAGCGGGUCAUCCAAGUCAACCGAACGCUUUACAUCGGAGCCAGGGACGACCUUUUCCGCGUGGAACUGGACAUCGCGGCGGCGGACGAGAUGUUCUACAGCAAGAAAAGAACAUGGGAGUCCAACAAGAACGACAUCAGGAUCUGCAGGAUGAAGGGCAAACACGAGGACGAAUGCCGGAAUUUCAUGAAGGUCCUCCUGAGCCGGAGCGGCGGACUGUUUGUGUGCGGCACCAACGCCUUCAACCCGCUCUGCGCCAACUACUCCGGUGACACUCUGGAAAUGGCCAAUGACCCCGUCAGCGGAAUGGCCAGAUGCCCUUACGACCCCAAACACGCCAACGUCGCCCUGUUCGCAGAGGGAAAUCUGUUUACGGCCACCGUGACGGACUUCCUGGCCAUCGACGCGGUCAUCUACCGGAGCCUCGGCGACAGUCCGGCCCUCCGCACCAUCAAGCACGACUCCAAGUGGUUCCGAGAGCCUUUCUUUGUCAGCGCCGUGGAGUGGGGGCCUCACAUCUACUUCUUCUUCCGAGAGAUUGCCAUGGAGUUUAAUUACCUGGAAAAGGUUGUGGUGCCCCGUGUGGCCAGGGUGUGUAAGCGCGACCAGGGCGGAUCUCAGCGGGUCCUGGAGAAGCAGUGGACGUCGUUCCUGAAGGCCCGACUCAACUGCUCCGUGCCGGGCGAUUCUCACUUUUACUUCAACGUGCUGCACUCCACCAGCCCCGUCAUCACCAUGCACGGCCGCGACAUCGUCCUGGGCGUCUUCUCCACGCCGGCCAACAGCAUCCCCGGCUCGGCGGUCUGCGCCUUCGACAUGGAGCAGUUGGCGGCGGUGUUCGACGGUCGCUUCAAAGAGCAGAAGUCACCGGAGUCCAUUUGGACGCCGGUUCCCGAUGAAGUCAUCCCCAAGCCGAGACCCGGGGGCUGCGCCGUUCAGGGUUCCAAGUUCAAUUCCUCCAACUCCUUCCCCGAUGAGAUGCUGAACUUUGUCAAGACUCAUCCGUUGAUGGACGAGGCCGUCCCGUCGCUCGGGCACAGGCCGUGGAUAGUCAAAACCAUGGUCAGAGGUGCAACACUGGAUGUAGGUUUAAAAACAAGGUACCAGCUGAAUAAGAUCGUGGUGGACGCCGAGGCCGGCCCGCACAGGAACCGCACCGUCCUGUUCCUGGGCUCCAGCCGGGGGACCGUGCUCAAGUUCCUGGUCGUGCCCAACCGGGACAACACGGUCACCGGCGGCAACGUCUUCCUGGAGGAGCUGGAGGGCUUCAACCCCGAAAAGUGCGCCGGUGACUCUCCGCAGGCCAGGCAGCUGCUGUCGCUGACUCUGGACGGCGCGAGUCACACCCUCGUCCUGGCCUUCCCGUCCUGCGUGGUGCGCGUGCCGGUGGCGCGCUGCCACCUUUACUCGCGCUGCAUCAAGAACUGCAUCGCCUCCAGGGACCCGUACUGCGGCUGGACCAGAGGAAGCGUCUGCUCUUUCCUGCGUCCCGGAACCAGGCUGCCGUUUGAACAAGACGUGGAGCAGGGAAACGUCGCUCACUUGGGCGACUGCGACGGAUUACUCAAAGAGACGUUCAUCAAGGAACCAGACGGCCUGGUGUCUGUCAACCUGCUGGUGGUGUCGGCCGUUUCGGCCUUCGCCACGGGCGCCGUCUUCUCCGGCCUGGCCGUCUGUUGGAUCAUGAGUCACCGCCACCGGCACGGCCGAGGGGCCGGCGCCAAGGGGGCCCGGCGCAAGAGCGACAAGGAGCAGAACGUGUUGGGUCCCGGCCCCAGCGGCUCGGUGAUGAGCGUGACGAGGACCAGCGGCGGCGACCGGCGCGACUCGCAGGUGGACAACCCGUUCGUCGCGGCCAACGGAUGGCCCAAAGGUGACGUGGACCCCGACUUACUGCCCACCCCCGAGCAGACCCCGCUGCCUCAGAAACGAGUCGUGCGUCUGCCCGAUCCUGACUGGGACCAGAGCCAGACCUUCCUGACGGCCGUCGGUUCUCCUUGCCCCAACAACUCUGUCAUCUACCUGAGUUCCAAGUUCCUGCAAGGAGGCGGAGGCGGCGGAGGAAUGGUCCGGAUCGACGAGCCAGGCGAGGUUCUGCUGCCCCCGCACGCCGAGCGCCAACACUACUUGAUCCUUUCCGCCCAGCGGGGCGGGAACGGCAGCCGUCCGACGGGCGCCCUGAGGAGCUCGGCGGGGGACUACAUCUACCCCUCCACGCCGCAGGACUCCCCAGACCGGCGGCGGGUGGUCUCCGCGCCCGCUCCCCACAUGGACUACGGGGAGCCUCGCUGGAGCCACGAGGCGCUCAACUACAGCGGCAACAACGGCGUGUCCUACCACCCCCAGCGCCAGGGCCUCAUCAGGCCGGAAAUGCACGGGCACCGAGGGGGGCUCGGACAACUGGCCGACUAUAGCCACCUUCUUGUAAAGAGCGAGAGAACCCCUAGUGUCCAGUGA